GGAUGCUACAAGUUUAAAUGGAGUUUUUGAUUUUUUCUUCUCUCUUUCCCCUCUUACGUUUAAUGUCUUAUUAAGGGAGAGGAAAGAGAGAUAAGUGGGAAAAAAAAGAAAACAAGAAGAAAGAGUACAAGAGUUUGUAUCAAAGAUGGGUUCUUUAAGAAAAUACCCUUUAGGUUUUGAGAGAAGAUGGUGGGGUGUUUGACUUUGGAGCUGAAGGGGGUUUGUUUUGCUUUUUGAGGUAAUUGUUUGGUUGAUGGUACAUGAAAGUGGCAUUUGGUAGGUCUACAAGUUUUGCUGAUGAACUGUUGGUUAAAAAGUUUUGAUCUUUGGUUUUUUCCUGCUUUAGUUUUGGUGUUGAAAAAGUUGUUUUGAAGUUGAUUGGUCAUUUAUGGUUUAUAUGCACAUGUGUAUGAAGGUUGGGGUUUGAUUUCUUGAUUUACUACCACCCUUUGAUGGACUUGAAGAAACUAUCAGUAGAAAAGUUAGCAAAUUUCAUAGGGGAUUUGAAGAGAAUUCUUGAAUUUGAACCUUUGGAAAAGAACAGAUUUUUUAUUGGUUACCAGGUGUUCUAAUUAGGUGAUUAAAGAAAUGGAUGAAGAGGCUAAUUCUUGGAUUAGGAGAACAAAGUUUUCUCAUACAGUUUGUCAUAGGUUGGACAGAUUGGCCUCUAUUCCUAUUAGUACUGUUCAGUCAGGGGGAAGAAUUGCAGGUGCAAAAACUAGACCUGUUGGAACAGCUUCUCUUAAUCCAAGACCAGAGCCAAUAGUUGCGCCACUUCAGCGCAAUCCAACUACGAACAAACAUAGGACUGUAUCACCUCAUCCAGAAACAUCAAUUCCCGAUACCUUUAAGGAAGCUCGAUCUAGUCAGAAGAGAUUCUCAACUCCGCGUCCAGAAAGGAAAGAACUUGAGAAGAAAAUUGUGAGCAAGUCAUUUCACAAAGAUUCCCGUGAAAAAUCCAAAUCGCCUAUCUUAGGAUCUCCUGGUUCGAGAUCUUCAAGCCCCCUUCGGCAUUUCACAUCAUUCAAGUUCCAUGAGAAAUCAAAGGGCCGGAAGGAUUCAACAUGGAGUAGGUACAGUGGUAGGGUUAGUUCUGUUGAAACAGCUGAUGAAUAUACAAUUGAUCUAUCUAAGCUGUUUCUUGGGCUAAGAUUUGCACACGGUGCCCAUAGUCAGCUUUACCAUGGGAAAUACAAGGAUGAAGCUGUUGCAGUUAAAAUUAUUAGAAUACCAGAUGAUGACGAAAUUGGAGCUUUAGCAACUCGAUUGGAGAAUCAGUUUAUUAGAGAAGUUACUCUCUUGUCUCGUCUCCACCAUCCCAAUGUUAUAAAGUUCAUAGGUGCGUGCAAACAGCCACCAGUUUUUUGUGUUGUUACGGAGUAUCUAUCGGAGGGUUCAUUGAGAGCACACCUGCAUAAGCUUGAGCAGAAGUCCCUAACUUUGGACAAAUUGAUUGCACUUGCCAUGGAUAUUGCACGUGGAAUGGAUUAUAUUCACUCGCAAGGUGUUAUCCAUCGGGACCUCAAACCAGAGAAUAUACUUAUCAAUGAGGAUUUUCACCUGAAAAUUGCUGACUUUGGAAUUGCUUGUGAAGAGGCAUAUUGUGAUCUCCUGGUUGAUGAUCCAGGUACUUACCGUUGGAUGGCGCCAGAGAUGAUUAAGAGAAAAUCAUAUGGCAGGAAGGUUGAUGUAUAUGGAUUUGGACUCAUUCUAUGGGAAAUGGUGGCUGGAACUAUUCCUUAUGAAGAUAUGACACCAGUACAGGCUGCUUUUGCUGUCGUAAACAAGACUUUUGCUUUGCAGGUCAGAGAAGAUAGCCGGGCCAAUGGUUCCGUACAUUUUAGAAGGAAAGAAGAUAAUGUGAUUGCCAUCCUGCACAUUAAAUUACUUGCUACUGAUUGCAUCAACUUGCAGAGAGUUUGGUUUUCCUUUCAUAUAGGUAUGUAAGCCCAUCUACCCCGCUACAUCUUGAAUGGAAAUUAAAUAUCUUCUCAUUUAUUACCCUACUGUUAUGUCCUGAAUGCAUAUAUAUAUAUAUAUAUACAUAAGGACCACAAAGUUGGUACUGAACUUUACUAAUGUUGCACUUGCAUUUCAUGAAAGUAUCGCAAUUCAUUUCCUUUCUAUUAAAAUAAUGAAUGGAAAGACAACUAGUUGGAUUAUCGUAUGUGUGCAUGAAUCCUGUAUAGAGGAUAUGUCAAAAACCAGUGGCUGUUCAAAAACCAGUGGCUGCAUCAAUUGGUUUUAUGACGUUCAAUGAAUCAUCAUUUGCAUGGUCUCCGUGAUAUUGGUAAUGUGAUUAGAAUCUGUAAAAGAUGCAUUGAUUCCUUUUUGACAGUUUGAAGUGGAAAAGGUAGUGAUAUUUAUGUUGUGUGUUACUUUUCGAGUUUCACAUGUUAACUACUCUGAAUAUUUUUGAUAUCAUGGUUCAUGUGAAUUGAAGCUUUGAGAGGGCUUUGAGGACUUCAGAUAUGUGGUCCUUACUUUUCUGUAUCUCACUAUAAUAAUUGAGAAGAUUUUUUCUAGUACGGACAACAUUUCUUUCAUUUUUUCUUGAAGAGUAGCUAUUUCUAAAUUUCUGUAACAAUUUGACGUAUUUAGGUAUCCGAUUCCUACUUUGGGAACAGGAUAACUAUACAACCGUUUCAUCUUGUAAUUUAUUAUAAGGCAUUAUAAUCACAUUAUAGAUAAAGUGCUGUAACAAUUAAAUGAGAGUUAAUAUUGGGCAACUAAGGCCGACCAGAUCCACAAGAUUGGUUUGUGAAUGUGCGGAUGUUAAGAUAGAUGGGCGGACAUACAAAAUUAGAAAUGAUCACUUUCACCUGAAGGUGCAAGGUAGCAUACACAGAUGAUAAAAUGAGAGAAUGUCACUUGAGGUGAUUUAGAUAUGUCUUAUGUCUGACCUUGAUAUGCAGUGGAUCCAUAGGUGUCAAGUUAAGAUGAUUGAAGGUAUUAACAGAUGAUUACAAAACCUAAAAUUACAUGGUUGGAGUUGACCAUAAGACCUAUAAUCUGGUAGGAAUUAAGGCUUAGUCAUGAACGUUUACGUUAGGCCCAUUACGUUAAGAGAUUUAUUUCAAUAGAAAAUGUAAAGAAUUUUUAGUGUUAGAAUAUAUUAAUGUCGACAUGAUUAAGGAAUAUUUAUAUCGUAUCUUGGUCCUAACAUGUUUUUUUACUUUUGUAAGAAAUAAUUUUAGUUUUUGAAGACUUUGCUUUACUUGUUUUGGAAAAUUGUGGUGUUGGGUUCUAGCUGUAUAUUCCAGUGAAAAUGCCAAUUAAACAAAAUUUCCAGGAAAAUAUCUCGAGAGCUACAAAGCACUGUGUAUGCUUUCGUAUAGUUCAAAAAUCACGAGAACAUAGACAAAACAUCUCUCAUUUUGAAACCAGACAAUCUAAUGUACUUGGUUUACAGAAACACUGUCCCACUGGUAUUGGAAUCGGUUAUGAAACAAAACAUGUGCACAUGUUGUUUGUAGAGUCAACAUCGUCUUAUUUGUUGCGAAUUAGUUGGAACGUUAAAAAACUUUUGUUAAGCAAAGAAAAACUUCGAAACUGGAAUAGUUGAAGGGAUCAUAUUUUUAUGGGUUAAUUGACUACACUUGAUUCUAUCAAAAACUCGUCAGCCUUGGGAGUAAAAUUUCUGCAAUCGCUAGACUGCGUGAUGUUUGAGACAAAAGUCAGCUUCCAGGUUUUUGUUAUCCACGAUUAUUGUCUUAAAUAUAGUACAUAAAGUUUAUAAAAGAAUGAGAACCUUUUUGGUCUUUAUUCAUAAAAUAAAGAAAUUAAAUCGAUAGAGAUAAAAUUUCAUAAUGCAUAAUAAGCAAGGAUGCUUCCCUACCUUUCAAGGCGGGGGUAAAGUCUGCGUACAUUCUUGGGAUUCUACUGGGUAUGUUGUUGUUGUAUAAUAAGCAAGGAUAUAGAUUAUAUCAUUGAUAUUGGUAUAAAACUACUAAUGUUUACUAUUAUAAUUAGAGAUUUGCAUGCAUAUUGAAGGCAUUUCAAUUGACUGAGUUUUACUACUAUUAAGAAGCACCGGUGGGGCUCCUUUUUCGUCGUCCGUUGUGGGGCCUCCAUAAAAAAAAAUUUAGGCCCCAUAUUAAAUAGGCCCAUAAAAAAAACUUGUAAAAAUAAAUAAAUUGUGGGCCUCAUAUAUAUUAAACAACAAUUAAUAUUAAAAAAAAAUGUGGGCCCUAUAUUAAACACCAACCAGUAUUAAAAAAAAAAAAAGUGGAACCCACCACAUCCAAACUCAAGGGAAAAAAAAAAGUAGAUCCCAUAUUAACAAAAUCAAGCAAAUAUUAAAAAAAAAAAAGUGAAUCCCAUAUUAAAAAAACAAACAAUGUUAAAAAAAAAAAUCUGGGCGCCAUAUUAAACGCCAUGGGUAUUCGUAGCAAACACUAAUAUAAUAAAGUUUUAAAUACAGAGCACAAACUACAAUGUUAUAUUAAUCGUGUUUUGAACAUAGUAUUCCAUAUUGACAAAAUCAAGCAAUAUAUAUAUAAAAAAAAAUUAAUCCCAUAUUAAAAAAAUAAACAAUGUCAAAAAAAAAAGUGUAGACUUUGUAUUCUUAACAAACACUAAUAUAAUAAAGUUUUAGAUACGGAGCACAAAUUACAAUGUUAUAUCAAUCGUGUUUUGAACAUAGUAUAUAUAUAUAUAUAUAUAUAUAUAUAUAUUAUAUGCAUAAAAAUAGUGCAAACUAAUAAUGUCCAAAAGGGUGGGCCUCAUACUAAACAACACCAAGCAAUAUAAAAAAAAAAAACUAUAUAAAGCAUGGGUUUAGACCCAUGCUUCAUUUCCUUUGUCCCUUAAAAAAAAAGGUGGGCCCCAUACUAAAUAACACCGAGCAAUAAAAAAAAUGAAGAUCAAAUAAUGAAUAAGAUAAAUUAGUCAAAUUAUAAUUCUAAUUCACGUUUCUUUAAAAAACCAUGCAAAAGACAACAUGAUAAGUAAAAUGAGUUAGACCGAGAAUAUUUACCAAAAAUUAAAAAAUAGCAUUUCUUCGUUUAAAUAGAAAAUUAAUUUCUACUUUGUUUCGUUUCAAACAUGUAAAAUUAAUUUAAUAAUUUGAAUUAGAAUUAUCCAAAUCAAAAUUUGAUAAAAAAUAAUAAGUAUUUUAUGUUGACACCCAAUUUUGUCCCGCCUCUCCUCCGAAAUACCUAUUUACGCUUCUAAUAUUUUUGGAAAAUAAAAAAAAUAUAUAUCAUAUUUUACUAUAAUUAUUAGCCUCUUAUCAAUACCGGCGUUUCACUAUUCUAUUACAAUACUAAUUAUUAUUAUUAUUAUUAUUAUUAUUAUUAUUAUUAUUAUUAUUAUUAUUAUUAUUAUUAUUAUUAUUAUUAUUAUUAUAACUCACAUUUUAUCAUUUCAACACAUUUUUUACCGGCUUACGCACUCACAUCGCAUUUAUCUUCGCAUAAUUAAAUAAUAGUUUUAUUUUGGAUUUUCGAAAUAUUAUUGCACGACUAUUACAACGCCAUUUUCUAUUAUCUAAGCAUUAAUAAUUGCAUAUUUUAUAUUGAGCAAUAUUUUAACACAAGUUAUUUAAAUAGGUCUUUUAUUUAAACGUAGUAGCCCAAUCAACUCAUACUAUUUUCAGACCAAUUCACAAAAAACAGUCUACAUUUUUAAUUUACCUGGCCACAUUUUAAUUCAAUCAGCCUAUCCUUUUAAUUCAGCCCACAUUUAUUCCUAGCCCACAUCUUCAAACCACCAGUCCACUAUUUUAGCCCAAUAUCCAGUCCAUUAACUCCUUGACCCGACCCGAGUCUUGCACAAAUGAACCACUAGGGUUCCCUAUCCCUUUCAUCUCUUCUUCUCUUUCACGCCGCGCCCCUUUUCUCCCUUCUCCCCUUCUCCCUCCUUUCUCCCUCAUCACCCCCACGUUACCUCUCUGACACCCCACUCCCCUCUGCCGCCUCGUUUCCACCAUACCCUGUCCUCCACGCCACUGCCACCCCCACGUUGCCACUGCCACCCACGCUCGUCUGUCACCCGCUCUUCUCUCUCUUCCUUCAAACAAAACCUAAAAAACCCUAUAAAUAGUUGUGGAGUGGAAUCGGUUAUGGAGGAUUUUUGGGAUUGGAAAAAACUCCCCCAAGAACCCGGAUGAUUUUUUCAGUUCACGAAAUUCCCCAAGAACAGAUUUGUUUUUUAUUCAUGAAAUUCCCCAAGAACUAAGUUCUCAGCCGCAAAAAAUCCCUUGAAAAAUUGAGUCCUUUAGCCUGAAAAAUUCCAUAAAAAUUGAAAGCUUUCGUUUCGUCGAUAAAAAUCCCUUAAGCAAAAAUUUUAAUUUUAUCAGUCUUGUUAUUUCUGGGUAUUGAGUUAAAAGUGUUCGAGCGGAUAUCGAAACCCCCGCACCCCAUUUCGCUGCACUUGCAAAAGGUCAGCAAUUUCCUCUCUUCUUGAAAGUUCACUUUUAUUUUCGAUGUGAUGUUUGUACGAGUUAGCUUUCUAUGUCGACACGCAUUUGUUUCGGUUUCAGUAUUAGUUAAGGAGUAAAUAUCGUCAGGUGUUUGGUUUGGCAUGUUGAAGUUCGUUAGUAUAAUUAUGUUGUUCGAUAGUUUAAACUAGGAUUGCAUAUGUUAAAGUUGGUUGUGUUUAGUUAUGUUCUCCUUAUUUUCUAAGUUCAAUCAUGCUUAAGAGUAUUUAAUUCCUGCUUAUUUGGUAGCUUAGGUCCUGUUUAGUCGAUAUUCAAGUAUGUUGAGUAAUCAAUUCGAUCGACGUUAUGCCUACUUCAACCUCUGUUUUGUAUUAUCUGUUUUCAUAUGCUUUACAUUUUAUUGGUUUAGGUAAUGUGAUAAUAUUGGUAGAUAUUAUUCCAGUUCUGCUUAGAUUAGUUUUGUUUAGUUUGAGUUUAGUAUGCUUUACUCUUUGGUGGAUAAUUUGAUCUUCAGUAUAUCGUUUGAAUGAUACCUGUCUACUGCUGCUUUAACAUGUCUGUGUAUUGGUUUAAGUCAAAAUAAGAGUCAUUAGUGAUCCAGGGUAUCUAAUGAAUGAGUCCAGUUUGUUUAAGUAGGUUAGUUACAUUCUGCUUAGUUUAGUUGUAUCGAAAAGAAAAUUAUGCAUGCUGGUUUGGUUGGUUCUUAUUCCUCACUGGCUGUUUAUCUGAUUAGUCGCGACUAGUUGCUCUGCACCAUGAAUCAUGUUAAAAAUGUGUUUUAAUUUGAAUUAGGCAGUCGCCAUUUGACUAAGCAUAUGUUAGUUUAAGUGAGGUAUUGACCUGUGUCCUGUUGCCAUUGUUGUAAUCCCAAUCUAGUCCAGUUGUUAGCAUAUGAGGGACUCCAAUGUGAUUUAGUUUAUGGUUCAUUGAUAAAUUACAAGUUGGUUAAAAUAUGUAAAGAAUUUCUAUCAAAUAUAGGCCUGUUAGACUAUCACUGGAUUUACUUGUUGUCUAGGCAUAAGUCAAUCUGAGCUGUAGGCUCGUUAAUUUAAUCACCAUGAGUCAUGUGCAAAGCCUUCAAAUCUGCCUAAGUGUCAAUGUGUUUAGUAGUAUGCUCUUGGGUUUCCCUCUGUUGGAUUUGAACCUAUUCUUCAUCAUUGCAUAUAGCGGUUAUUCUUUGAAUGUCGCAUGAACAUGCUAAAUGCAUAUUUUUCCUUCCAGAUGUCCUGGAUAAAUUUAAAACUUUGGUAUUUGGCAGUCUAUUAUUUGAAACCACCUCUCUUUGCUUCUGUGUGAGAAAUGCUAUUUUCCAUUUUUGCUUGAUAGUAGAAUAAAGAAGCAGAACUGAUGGAGUAAAAUCUGGCUGGCAACGCGUAAUUUGUUCUUGUAUUAUUAGCGCUUAGCAUGAUAUAUGAAUUUGUGAUUUGUGUAAAGUUAAAAGAGGCCAUUUGUGAUUUCAAUUGAAUGGAAUCAUAAGUUACUGGCAGUGGUGAUAGUUUGUUAUAGUCAUCAGUGUUUAGCUUCGAAAUAGAAAAAGGAGAACUAGAAAAUAUGCCCGAGUAUUAUAAGCAUCCUUCCUGAUUUCAACAGGUGUUUUAUACGUCGCAAAUAUGCCAUGUUUAGGCUUGAUAUAUGUUGUACGUUGCCAAUAUACUUAAUCUAUAUUCCGAGCAUCUUCACGUGGAUAAAUAUGUAUUAGCAGGUCCUGUGCGUAGUCUAUAUUAUCAUUUGAUGCUGUUUAAAUUCUGUGCGUUGUUGCAAGUAUAUUUCUGUGGGUUAUGCAUAUUUACGUAAUUACUGGUAUACCUCUAUUUAAAACAACUAUGAACGUGUAUACAUGAAGUACACUUAAAUAUACAUAGUAUAUACACAAUCUGCUGAUUUGUUUUGAGUUUGCAUUUUUACGUUUAACCUUAUCCAUUGAUAAUAUACUAAUCCUCUUCCUUUCAUUUUAUGCAUGACCAUCGCAUACGAGUCCGAGGGACUUGUCUUCCUCCGCAUUCGGUGUUGGGCUAAAACCCAACAUAAUCUCCCUCGCAUCAGCUCUGUCCGCAGCAAAUAAAAAAUUCUGAGCUAAAAGCCCAACAGCAGCAGCAACAGUCCCUCAAAAGUGGGCUGGCCCAUUUGAUAUCAUUGGCCCUUUCAUUUUAUUUUGUGCACAUUAAUUUGUAUUUGCAACUAACUUUUUUUUUUUUAGUUUAGAUUAAAUCCUAAUGAAUUAGUAGGUUUAGUUUAGGAAUGGGUAGUUAGUUUAAGGAAAAGAACUAAAGAAUAUCUUGUAAACAUCUUUUAAGGUUAUCUAAAUUAUGCACGCUUUAGUCGAAUGUAGUUAAUAAAACAUAAUUUUGUUUAUACUUCUAAAAUUCAAA